AUGCCAGUGCGCCGGAGCCUCUGCCUACGCUGCGUCCUGCCGAUUCUCUUUUACGUACUGCUCCUGGCCGCAGCUCGAGUCAAUCGUACCAAGAAUGGGUUGCGCCUGGUUCGAGGCCGCGGCGGCAUAGGACGCCUGGAAGCGCGUGUGGUGCCGGAUUUCUUUCUGCAGACGGGCUACUCGCAAAACGGCGGCUGGGCGCCCCUGUGUGAUGACGGCAGCUUUGACGACCAGCAAGCUCUGGUGUUCUGCAAGAUCAUGGGCUACAAAUUUGGCCGAAAGCACUACCGUAACGGCAUCAGCACCAACGGCCACGACGAACCCGAGCCACGACCCAGUCCGUUAGGGCAUCUCACAUGCAACCCACUCGACCAAUCCUGGCCGUCCUUCCCUGUCGGCAAGAUCGAUCUGCCUGACAGCCUGGACAUGAAGUGCUUGCUGUUCGUUUCCUCCUGCGCGGGUAGGCGGCUCGUGGCGCUGCAGUGCUCAGACAAGCCCUUGAAGCCUAAGCCGCCUCCACCGCCCUCACCGCCCACUCCCCGCAUGCGUCAUGCCAUCAAAAUGAUCCCUUUGGAGGACAACCUGUUGGCGGCGUGGCAGCCCUCAGGCCUCCUGUUCAGUGAGCCGCUGCGCAUCGAGCUGCUGGUCAACACCUCCACCUCCACCUCCACGUCAUCCUCCUACGGUGCGGAUGGCGUUGACGCCGUCGCCAACUCGAAGCCGGGGGUGGCGGUGUGGGCGCCGCUGUGUGUUUCAGCCAGUCAAGCGGAGGCUCUGAAGUUGCUGGGCAGUGGCCAGGAAGUCCAAGUGAUUGCGAACACCUCGUGCCAUCAGUACGAGGACUUCCCCAACAGUUGGUUCAGUUGGAUGGUCGGCAAGGAGCAGACCCCGGUGAAUAUUCCUACAGAUGCGUCCCCAUCCGAUGACAAGUCGCCUAUGUUCGACCCCUCCCUCUACACCCACUGGGCGACGGUUGUGGGGGGCGCUGUCGAGGGCCGGCUCUCCCUACAGCAAAUGCAACUGCAGGUCAGCACUGAGCCGUGCGAGACGGGCCUCAUGUUCGUCGCCACCUGCGAUACGCUGAUUGUGUGA